UCUGCCCUUUCCAAUAUGGCGGCCGCUGUAACAUAGAGACGGAAGAUAGCGAAGGCGGAUAAUGCGGUUUUCAUGUCUUUGGGCAUGUGUUUAGACAUGUCUUGAACUCGUGAUUAUAGUGCAGCUGGCUGCAAAAUGAGGAUGUGCUUGUUUUUUUUUUAGACGAGUUUCGAGUCGAACCGAGUAGAAUACAGAAAUGCUACUCGUGUGAUUAGUUCCUGAACGGUUAGUUGUCACAAAUGGGAAUUUGAACUACAGUCAAUUUGCCGUCUCAUCUCAGCAAGCAUGUUCGUGUUUCUCUUGUUAUUCCUCCUGCAGCCAGCAGAGGGCGCCAACACCACAAUCUCCUGCAUAGACGACCAGGGAAACGCAGUUGACUGGUUCUACCUUUACAAACUGCCACAUCCUCAUGAGGAGCCCCCUGAGGAAGGUCUGAAGUACCUGCUGCUGGAGGAGCAGAGCGAGGGCUGGACGGAGGGCGGAGGUCUGGUGGGAGACGUCACGGGGGCUUUAGGCCGGAGCCUCGGGCCGCUGUACGAGGAGGGUGACCUGGGGUACAUCCUGUACAACGAUCAGCCCCCAGAACAGCGGCAUGUGGACGAUGCAAACAGAAGUGGAGGACACACCAAAGGUGUGGUCCUGUUCAACAGCAGACAGGGCUUCUGGCUGGUCCACAGCACUCCUCAUUUCCCGCCUCCCAAAACCGAGGGCAAGUUCUCGUACCCCAGCUCAGGCAUCAACAACGGGCAGAACUUCAUCUGCGUCACUUAUCCUCUGGAGCGCUUCGACACCAUCGGUGAACAGUUAACAAUAAAUCAGCCACACAUCUAUGACUGUGACAUUCCCAAGUCCCUGGCCUCCUCCGUGCCCACCAUGGCUGAGCUCUGUAAACACCGGCAUGGGCGGAGAAACUCCAGCGUCACAGACAGUUCCUUCUCCUCGCCUAAUCGCAGCGUCUCUCUGCUCUCACUGGCUGGGACAGAGUUCAUCAGCUUCGCGAAAGGAGCUUCUUUUGAGAACGACCUAUACCAUGGCUGGGUGGCUCCCACGCUGCAGACGGACCUGCUGGUGCAGUUCUGGCGUCGCUCCACCGGCGUCCUCCGGUCCGACUGCUCCUCCAGGUGGAAGGUUCUGGACGUGAACCUGCUGUCUCCGGGCGGCCGGGUCACCUUCAAAGCAACGGAGGAUCACUCCAAGUGGGCGGUGAGCGCGGGAGGAGGACGCGGACUGAGGGGCGGGGCCUGGGUGUGCGUGGGGGACAUUAACAGGAACCAGGCGGAGGAGAAGCGAGGGGGCGGGACCGUGUGCCGGAAGGAUGUUGCCGUGUGGAAGGCGUAUCGUGCGGCGGCGCUGAAGUGCGAGUCCUGUACGGGCGAGGAGGAGGAGUGCGAGACCGCACGGCUUUACCGCUGACAUCCAGACACGUUUGGGUUGUACAUGUUUCGUUAAAAAAAAAAAAAAAUUACUAUUCCGUCAAUCAAAACGAUCUUUAAUAAUACUUUAUUACAUUAAUACAUUAACGUCAUGGCUCGUAGUUCAGCGGCUUGAGAGUUUGAGCCGGUUUAAAAUUUCCAUGCCUUAAACGAGACUUAAUCAGACCGACUGUUUUAAGUCAUGAGAUCAGAUUCACGAGGGACGUUCAGAUAAUUACCUAGAGCGCGUCCUCACCGGGGAUUCUUUUUAUUUUUUAUUUUACUUUUAAUGGGAGCAUUAAAAAAUUUUCAGCCAAGAGGGGGUGCAAACUUUUGCACUUAAUGGUACAUUGGGGAAAAAGCGCAUUAACGAGGUACGCCGCAGUGCUAGUUUUUAUUUUUAUAUAUAUUCAUAUCGUCUGUAGUAGUCGCUGUUGUUCAGUUCUCUUAAAAUGUAUAAAAGAUCAAAAUAUAUUUAAAUACGUGCACUAAUAAUAAUAAUAAUAAUAAUAAUAAUAAUAAUAUAUCCCCUCUCCAAAAAUUAUUGACAUGUAAAUCUCAGGUUGUUUUUAGUGCUCGAUCGGCCAGCACUAGUAAACGGUACACGUAAAUAGUAAUAAACAGAUGUAUAACUCACAAUUUUUUUUGCUUUUAUUUAGCAAAAACGCUUCUGCUGUGCUAAUCAUAUAUGCACUCCGCUUAUCAGUCUGGACGCUGGAGCUCUGCGACGGUCGUUUCUCAGGGUGCUGACCCUUUUAAAAUCUUUCCCGUUUGAACGGAUGUCGAAACGUUUUGUGUGUCAUGUGAUCAGGAUUAUCAUAAGCGGUAUUGUUGACGGGGUUAAUGAUGCAGUAUUAAUAAAACAAUGUAAAGUGGAAACCGCUGAAAUCACUGAAUUUCUUCUUAAAUACCGUCCUGAUAACAUUUAAAGAUGCCUUUUAGUUUGUCCUUGUUUUUUUUUUGGGGUCACUAAAAGUCUUCAGGAUCCGCCUACUCUUACACACAAGCGGCCGAUCGCUGACCGUGUCCAGGCGAAAGUGCGGAUUUCUCGUUCACUCGCAGAGGAAACACGGAAGAAAAACCUCCCGUUCCUCAUAUACAACACAAGCGCGGUACACAAAGAGCCGACACGUACCGUAUCAAAAUGAAAAUUUAUUGCGUACAAGAAUAGAUGGUAUACAUUUGUGCAUAAACCCAGCUAUUUAUUUAUUUAUUUAUUUAUUUAUUUAUACAGAGGUGAAUGUACAACAUAAGCUUAUCCUGAGCAACACGGCAGAAGCGAGAGCACCUGAUAACAAAGCACUUGUUACCAAAUCAAAACCCCAAAACCCCAGACCCGGUUCCUCUGCCCUGCGCUGAGCCGAGAGCUCGAGUGCUUCGGUUCGGACCAGACUUCAAGAGCAUUCGGAGCAGACGCACGUCAGCGGCGCAGGGUUCACGAGAACGCGAGAGACGGCUUUGACGUGAAGCUAGAACCGGAGCGUUACUGUACACGUUUACAUUUAUAACACAUUCAAAUCGAGAUUAUUUACUUAGUGUUGCAUCUCUCCGUGAGCUCCGUGCAUCCAACAUCCUUAAUAAUAAACGACCGAAAGCUUCAUCGCCGCGUGGAUACCGAGAUCCUAAACGUGGACAGUGUUAUGGGUUGCUGUUAGAUCGACAUCUUUAAAAGCUUUAGUCAGAACCUCGUGUUUGCAUACUUGGUUACAAAGUGGCAGUGAGUUUUUUUUUUUUUUUUUUUUUUUUUUUUU